AUUAAAACACACACACACACACACACACACACACACACACACAACCACCCUCAGUUCGGGAAGCGAUAGUGGAGGGCUCUGCUCCUCCCAGAAGGCGGUGCUGCCUGGCAGGACAAACCACGCGGAGAGUUGUGGGUCGGAUAGCUCCCCUCCCGAUGGAGACUCAUGGAGUCAGGUGGGCGGGGGACUCCAUGUCCCAGCAUGCCCCGCGGCGGGCCCGACCGGCCGCGACUCGGGGCUUGGCCCCGGCCCUAGCUCGUCGGCUGUGUAUUGGGGCGCGUGGAGGCUGCAGUCACGGUGGCGCCCGCGGGGACGGAGGUGGGAAUGAGUGAAGAGGAGCAGGGCUCCGGCACUACCACGGGCUGCGGGCUGCCCAGUAUAGAGCAAAUGCUGGCAGCCAACCCGGGCAAGACCCCGAUCAGCCUUCUGCAGGAGUAUGGGACCAGAAUAGGGAAGACGCCCGUGUACGACCUUCUCAAAGCCGAGGGCCAAGCCCACCAGCCUAAUUUCACCUUCCGGGUCACCGUUGGCGACACCAGCUGCACUGGUCAGGGCCCCAGCAAGAAGGCAGCCAAGCACAAGGCAGCUGAGGUGGCCCUCAAACACCUCAAAGGGGGGAGCAUGCUGGAGCCGGCCCUGGAGGACAGCAGUUCUUUUUCUCCCCUAGACUCUUCACUGCCUGAGGACAUUCCAGUUUUUACUGCUGCAGUGGCUGCGACUCCUGUUCCAUCUGCUGUUCCAACCAGGAGCCCCCCCAUGGAGGUGCAGCCCCCCGUCUCCCCUCAGCAGUCCGAGUGCAAUCCUGUUGGCGCUCUGCAGGAGCUGGUGGUGCAGAAAGGCUGGCGGUUGCCUGAGUACACGGUGACCCAAGAGUCUGGGCCGGCCCACCGCAAAGAGUUUACCAUGACCUGCCGAGUGGAGCGUUUCGUUGAGAUUGGCAGUGGCACUUCCAAAAAGCUGGCAAAGCGUAACGCGGCGGCCAAAAUGCUGCUUCGAGUGCACACGGUGCCUCUGGAUGCCCGGGAUGGGAAUGAGGCAGAGCCUGAUGACGAUCACUUCUCCAUUGGUGUGGGCUCCCGCCUGGAUGGACUUCGGAACCGGGGCCCCGGCUGCACCUGGGAUUCUCUGCGAAAUUCAGUGGGAGAGAAGAUCCUGUCCCUCCGCAGCUGCUCCCUGGGCGCCUUAGGUGCUCUGGGCCCUGCCUGCUGCAGUGUCCUCAGUGAGCUCUCUGAGGAGCAGGCCUUCCAUGUCAGCUAUCUGGAUAUUGAGGAACUGAGCCUGAGUGGGCUCUGCCAGUGUCUGGUGGAGCUGUCCACACAGCCGGCUACCGUGUGUCACGGCUCUGCAGCGACCAGGGAGGCAGCCCGCGGCGAGGCUGCCUGCCGUGCCCUGCAGUACCUCAAGAUCAUGGCGGGCAGCAAAUAAAGCCCCAGCCGGACUCACGGACGUGCACCCCUGCUCCCUGCCCUUCUUGCCCCCAGCCUAUGUGUCUGCUCAGCUCUGGUACCCCUGGAGGUGCCGUCUCUACCUCUGACACAGACUGCCUGCCUGCAGGCUCAGGACACAGGGCCAGGAGCCAGGGACCCCAGGGCCUUGGCUGGCUCAAGAUCUGGCCUCCUGUCACUGGUGGUGACGAGUGGGAAUGAAAUCAGGGGGCUCUCCUCUGGAGCCCAGAAUAAACGCGCUGCCUCUUGGAUUCUUA